AUGACGUGGCACCAGAGGACACUUUUCCUCUUCUUGUCACUCGCCGCAGUCGGAGUCAUUACCGAGCAUCCACCGGUAAGCUUUGCAAACGACAAUUCUGACCUCGGCGAAUCUAACCUACGGUCUUUGGAUUGAUAGUCGAGGGCUUUAUCCGCUGCGCCACCCGCGCCGACGGUGUUCCAGGUCUGAACCCACUGACUUUAAAACGUUUUUCUCUCAACUUGUCAGCUAUGUAGUUCUUAGUGCUUCUCGAUACUGUAGGAUGACAUUUUUGAAAUUGCAGCUAAUGAAAAGCGACAAACUGAUCGAGUACGCACCGCAAGCGAGCACAGAAUCCUCAACAGGGUAAGUCGUUCUCUCUCUCUCUCUCUCUCUCUCUCUCUCUCUCUCUCUCUCUCUCUCUCUCUCUCUCUCUCUCUCUCUAUCUCUCUCUCCCUCCCUCUCUUUUUCCCUUCUCCGCUCCUUAACAAGUCGUUAUCCCCUUGAGGAAUCCGGCUGUUCCAGACAAAAACAGAAGAAGCGAGAAGAAGUGCGAGACAAUUAUAUGUACAAGUUUGCGAGGCGCGCGGUCAUCGACACUUUGUUUAUUUCCCCUCCAAAAAAAGAACACCAAGACCCUAGAUUUGUCUGGAAAUACACAAACUUUCGGUCUUUGGCGGGCAACAAAAAUUUUGAGGCCCGGGGCUUCGGACUUGCGGCACCGUUUGAUUGAUAAUGUUAGCCACCCGAGCCGGGACCGUUUUUGCUCAUUUUUGCUCCCGAAAAACGUGCCCAACUUGCUCCGCUCUCAUUUUUCUCACCAACGCGCGGCCAAACGCGUUCCCAUCAAAAUAAUGAGGUUUUCUGCGUGUGCGCGGCUGAGAAAACCGAAGAGAAAGUGUCAAAACAAGUCCUCAUUUGAUGAGAAGAAAGAAUUUCGGAUGUGUGUGCUCUCAAAUAAUUUUUCGCUUUUUUGGCCCUAACACUGAAAAUUGUUUAUGAUUUUAUCUCUCGCCGCGUGGGUUUUCUGUGUCAUUAAACAAAUAAUUCGCUCUUCUUCUUCUUCUUCUUCUUCUUCUAUCUAAGAGAACCUUUUCGGUAUUAAUGCAAUUAAAUCCGCGCCAUUUGGGUCUCGAACCGAUUUUCUUCUUUCGCUGUGAGCCGGAGCCCAAAUCGGGGUGACAGCUUUCGGUUCGAAUUUGGGCGAAAAAGGGGGGAAAAGGACUCUCUCGUUUUCCAAUUUGGCCAAGAUGGAAGACGGGCGGUGAAAUGGGUAGGCAAAAAUGAUUGGCGCCGCCCGGGAAUCGAACCUGUCACCUUUGGAUUGACAAUCGAAUCUGUAGGCCAGGUAGCUCCAAGUUACAAGUUCGAAGCCUCUCGAUGACUCAAACAUUUUGAAUAAUUCAUGAGAUACCACAUGUGAUUUCUGGCCGCCAGCCUUCAUUUUUUUCCCUUCGUUUUCAUCAUUAUUUUAGAAAUCUAUAACAUUCGUUCUCUCUCUCUCUCUCUUCGUUUCGCCCUCCCGACUAUUGUGAAUUCCUCGGGCGACGGCGAAAGUUGAAAAGCAGGUGAUGCGGGGCACAAAAACGCAUUGAGCGAGGCAAUAGAUCGCAUAUGAAAACGAUAAAACACUUUUCCGACAUGACGACGGCAUCUACGAUACAUCACGCCAGGAUUCCUCAGUUACACUAUAGUACAGGGACCAGGAUUGGGGAUUAGAGUCGGCUGAAAAGUUUUGGGGCUUUGCGGGUUGAGACAUUUUCGGAUUGAUAGACAAACGUGCUAGCAACUGAGCUCGGCGCCCGGGCGGUCACGUGGCUUAUAAGUUGGACUGUAUAUCUUUUGCCGGGAACUCAGAUCAAGUUGAACAUGUCUAGUCAUCCAGAGACCAAGGUUCGACUCCCUGGCUAAAGUUUGACUAAAAGGUACUUUGAACCCAACCCAUCCAUCUUUUUUUUGCCUUUAGUGAUGACGUUUCCCUCCUCUCUCUCUCUCUCUCUCUCUCCUUCUUCUACCAAAAAAGAGUUCGAAUGAAAAAAGAGAAGAAGAAGAAGAAGAAGAAGAAGAAGAAGAUGGAGAGGAUUUGCACGCAAUUAGAGGUGCUCAAUGAGCACAACGAUGGGAAAAGAGAGAGAGAGAGAGAGAGUGACUUCGAAUGGGUCGGAUGAAUGUAGACUACUUGGCUGGGGGUUUGAACUUACGUCUUGGGUAUGAUAAGAGGGGAAAAAAUGUCUUUUGACCCGAGCGAUUCGAACCUUGACCACGUUCGCGCGCUGGGGCGAGGAGAGCCCCCUGCUGGCUAACAGCUUUGAAUAUAUCUCAGGUGUCUCACAUUCCUCACAUUUUUUUUUCGCAAACUGUGACGUGGCAGAUCUUUGCGAUAGCCGCAUAACAAGGCUAAUCAGAGGUAUUUUUGUUCCGGGAAAAAGGGAAAAGACGAAGCUAAUAAGGCGCCUGAUGCGAACUGCUCCUUCAAGAUGAAAACUUCGGUGCUCCCCAAGGAAACCCGAGGGGUCCGAGUCCGAAUUCGAUUAAAUCACACACACACAUCCAUCCGGGUGGUCCCCCGUCGCCCACGAUGCGCGGAAGCGUAACGCAACAUGUUGCGUCGUACGUUUUUCUGUGUUUUGCCUCCUUUUGACACCCUGCAGAGUAUCAGUUAUGCACAGGAAGUGCGUUGCGCACCAGCACAAAGAGCCCACACGGAAACUCGAUUUUCGCGACGGGUAAAGGUCGGCAAGUCGACGCGAAAAAGUUUCGGGGGGCGGGUGAGUUCGAACGGGCAUCCUCAGAUUGACGUUCGGCCGAUAAUCUAGAGGUCCCCGGCUCGAACCCACCAAAACCAAAACUUUCCGUGGAUUUCUUCUGCCCUUUCCACGUGAUGAAUUAGUGGGAAACCCGAGCGCCUUCCUGUGUCUGCCGUGUUAUUCGUGACACGACAUGACACGUUUGCAUCGGAUUUCUUUCCAUAUUCUCAGAACGAAAAAUGAGUUACUUUCUCGAGAGCAAAUAAUUGGAAAAAAACGACGAUUUUAUUACAGAGAUCAGAGCAAUGAAAAUCUGGAAAACAAUGUGACGAGACUGUUGGACAAGCUCAUCGCGAGUCACGAUCGACGGAUCCGGCCCAAUUACGGAGGUAAACGAGUCUGGAGCCACGUGGCUUCGAACCUGGAUUGAUAUUCAAAGCUAAGAGCGUCGGCCACGAAUCCAAAUGCCACAAGUUGAAUUCCUCAGCUUCGAAUUAGUGUUUCCCCCUCUAGUGCUUACUUUUUGCUCAAAAAACCACUCGAAAACGCACUUACACUUGCUUCUCUCAAGUUUUUCGUCCUUUCCCACUGAUUUUUCAUCCUUUUCCACUCCUCCUCCAAUUUGUCGAACACACACACAAAUAUAUGCCAAAGCGCUUUCCGACCGAAUCGAGAAUUCAAUUUCAACACACUCGGCACGCCGCCGCCGCCGCCGCCGCCGAAAAGCGAAGAGCGAGGGCGAAAAGAAAAAAGGGGGGAAAAAGUUUUUGGAAGUUGUGUUCCCGAAAGCGGGGGUCAUACAUUUCUCGAGUGGAAAAGUGGAAUUUACACGCUUGUGACGUCAGUUUGCAAGAAAGUUUUGACACAAAAAGGGGGUUCGAACUUGCGGCCAAAGCGUUUGACUAUCAAUCUAAACGUGGCAAGUUCGAAUCCCAUGGAAUAAUUUCAUUUGAAUGUACUUUUUGAGGUCCCCCGAUCGAAGUGAACAUCACCGCGCACAUCACGACCAUCAGUGCGGUCUCGGAAGUUUCCAUGGUCUGAAAACCAACAAAUCUUUGCAUUCAAACUUUCCAAAAAUAUUAUGCCAUUGCAGGACUACACCCUGGACCUGUACCUCCGUCAAAUCUGGAAAGAUCCCCGAUUAGCGUGGGAAUCGGACGUCGAAGACUCUCUGACGAUCGGAAUUGACAUGGUCAAGACCAUUUGGACGCCCGACACCUUCUUUCCGAACGAGAAAAAGUCGUUUUUCCACGAGGCCACCAGCCAUAACUCUUUUCUGCGAAUCGAUAAUCACGGAAAUGUGCUCAGGAGUAUUCGGCUCACGGUCACCGCGAAUUGCCCGAUGAGCUUGCAUACAGUGGGUUUGAAUAAAUAUUGUAGACUCUGGAAACUUUUGUGUAAAAUCUUAGUUGACAACUUUUAAUUAGGUCCACUCUCUGGAGUACUGUAGUUCCGCGAAGUUGGGACUAAAAUGCGAAAUGCCUGAGAUGGUCCUCUAACUUCGAAGAGCUACAGUACCCAAGGGAGUGGUCGUACAAAAAAGUUGUCAAUUACAAAAAUACUGUACAAAUCACGGACUUGUUUUGUCUAGUUGACAACUUUUUGGUACGGCCACUCCAGGAAGUACUGCAGCUCCGCGAAGAUGGCAGUUAUUUUGAACUGCUCGAGUUUAGCACAACUUCCAAGCGCUACAGUACCCAAGGGAGUAGUCGUACAAAAAAUAUGUCAACUACAAAAACACAGUACUAGACAUUUAUAUUUCGCAAGAAGGUCUCUAAAGCAAUGCUCAUUCAAUCUUUUUGCAAUUUUUGAGCCGCCAACCAAGGCACAUAAAAAGUGUAGUUUUGUGUGUGCUUCGACGCCAGAAAUGGUUUCCGGAAGUGCGUAAAUGACCUAAUUUGCAGUUCCCGUUGGACAAGCAAGAAUGCGCCCUGGAAGUGGAGGUAGGCAUUACUGUAACUGCCGUUUUCCGGUCCCCAUUACCCCCCAAAUAUUAUAGAGUUACGGGUACUCGACCAAGGAUAUUAUCUAUCACUGGCACGGGACCACCGCGGUCACAAUCGACGAGAAUGUCCAUUUGGCGCAUUUCACGAUCGGAGAACACUAUCACAUCGAACGGACGAUCAGUCUCUCGACGGGAAACUAUUCCAGACUCACCGCCUAUUUCACUUUCAAGAGGAACAUCGGAUUCUACUUGAUUCAGGUCUGCAUCUUCGAUUUUGCGAGAAUUUCCGCGAAUGUGUGCCCGUUCAGAUCUACUUCCCCUCGAGUCUGAUCGUCGUCAUCUCGUGGGUCUCGUUUUGGUUGAAUCGAGAGGCGGUGCAAGCGAGAGUGGCUAUCGGUAAUCGCCCGAAUAUGGCAAGUGCGCUCCACCGAACACUUUCUUGCAGGCGUCACGACAGUGCUCACGAUGACGACCCUGAUGACGAGCACGAACGCGUCGCUUCCGAAAGUCAGCUACGUCAAGUCCCUCGACGUUUUCCUCGGAGUCUGCUUCUUCAUCGGUGGGUCUCGGCACGAAGAUGAAACUUUCAUUUUCCCCCUUUUUUUCCAGUAUUCGCCUCUCUGCUCGAGUACGCGGCGAUCGGAUAUCUGAUGAAGAGGACUCGGACGGUGCCGGCCGCGUCGCCAGUACAAUACUACGAGACAGGUACCGUAAUCCGCGGGCCCAUUCGUUUUAAAGUCUCUUAUAGAAGAGUUUUUUGAAAUUCAAUGCCAUCCAAAUUACGUGAAAGGGGCCAUUGACUAUUGUGAGUUUCUCGAAAAGUGGUGUAGAGAUGACACGUGGCUUUUGAGAAUUACCGCGAUGUUUUGUUCUUAAGUUCCAUGACGCAUAACCUGUGCCUUGGCGCACCUCCCGUGCCCCCCGCGUUGACCUAUGUUCUCCGCUCAGAAUUUCAAAAGUGCUGGUCCCAAAAAAGGAAAAGUUUUUCAGGCGACGGUGUGCUGAAGCGUGAAGCGAGCCGAAAAAAGAGCCGGAACCGACGCGACAGCUCGAUGAAGGCGAGUUUGCGCACUUUCGGGGUCUUGGCGCGAUUCUCGUGCAGUUGAGGGGGCUAGCAUGCAAAACAUGUGGAAAAGUGUUCGAAAAUGGACGGUCUCCUGGGAUCUCUCUCUCUCUCUCUCUCUUCUUCUCUUUCUGACCACCAACCCACGCACACAUACGCACAUCAAACUGAACUUUUUGGAAUUUUGAAAAAUGACGGACAAGUUUGUGACGAUGCACAAUAUUCGAGGGUCCAAGUGAGGGAUCUUGAAGGUUCACGUGACUCGACGCACUUUUGGUGCUUGGAAAUUGGACCUGAAUCUGACACAAAAACACAAAAGUAAAAGCAAGAGAGACGGUAAACUGUGAAUGAAUUUUGUAGGCUUAGAAGAUUUCGUAUUGACUUGAAAGUUUUUUUGUGAAAACUUCAUAUCAUGUACUACAUUUUUGUAGUUGACAACUUUUUUGUACGACCACUUUCUGGAGUAGUGUAACUCUUGAACGUUAGGGCUAAAAUGCGAUGACCCUGAGAUGGCCGCAACUUCCCAGAGCUACAGUAUUCCAGAGAGUGCUCUUACAAAAAAGUUGUCAACUACAAAAAUGUAGUACUAGAUUUGAAGUUUUCGCGAAAAAAUUUCUAGAACAAUAGGACGUCUUGGAACUCUACAAUAUUCGUUCAAAGUUUGUGCAUUUUCACUUUCAAUUGAAAGUUGUGCUGGAGCCAAUUUCAGUACAUUUUCAGUGCCUUAACCAAUUCUUCCCCCAACUACAGUAAUCCUUUAGCCACCAAGAACCAAUCUGUUUUCUGUUCGCCUUUUCCUCCGAAAUUCCAUUUUAAUCGCAUCACAUUGUCCUCCCGUCUCUAUUUUCGAACAUUUUCCCUGAUUUGCCAUCCUCCCUUUUUUCGGGUCGAAAUGUCAGUCACAAAUUAUUUCUUUAUCGGAAAAAACGUAAUAUUGUGUGUUUAGAAAUGACUGAAAAGGGGCCGAAUUAGAGAGAGAGAGAGAGAGAGAGAGAGAGAGAGAGAGAGAUGAAUAAUUGAUAGGCCAAAUGUUAAUGAAAAACGAUGAUCGACACUUCAAAACCCGGACAUUUUUGAUGAAUUCGAGAGGGGAAGAGCAGAAAUGCACGGAAAAACAGGAAGGAGGAAUCCGAUGACGUGGGGCGAUUCUAGGCCAGGGAUAGGGCCGGCCUAGAUUUCUCAUUUGUCGCAUUCCAGGCUAUGGAGCUCUUUUAGGCGCAGUACUUUGUCGUUCCGGAUCCUAGGCCACACAUAUGAUCGCUUUUCGCAAUGAUCUGCGUAAUAAUCAAGACAGAACUAGUGGCCUAACGUUUGCCCGAGUCGGAUCCUAGGCCACCAACAUCUUUCACGUUAAUUCCCCGUAGAAAAGUGGUGGCCUAACUUUCCACUUUCUGGAAUCCUAGGCCAUCCACAUGUUCACUUUCUCCGACCAAAAACCAGCCGUUUUCACUUUCCCCGUGUGGAAACAGUCCGUUUUGAUUGAUAACAUUCCAUGCAAGAUCACACAUCUCGCCGACCAUUUCGUCAUCGCUUCUCGAUGAUUUUCAAUCUUUCUGUUGAGCAUUCUUCGCUCUUUUUGCAGGAAAACAGCAGCAGCAGCAGCGGGUUUUUAAUGAUUUCCGUCGGAGGAAAGGUGACCGCAAUUAUUGUAGACUUGGAAGAAGAGGUUGCGAAAUUGAGUGACGUGGACUAGAGCGAAAGUUAGGCCAGUGGCCUAGGAUCCGACAGUUAUGCAAUGGCUUAAAAUUACCAUGUUGGGUUUCUAGGCCACCAGAAGCAGAAGUUAGGCCAUGAGAUAUUAGGGGAGCUGUUCUCUCAGCUGCUCGGAUUCCUAGGCCACCAAGUAGCGCGGCUUAGGAUCCGACAGUAACGGAGCACACUUUUCUAGGCGAUCCCCACUAAUCACUGACUUCUUUGCAGAACUACCAGAACAACAACAUCCACCACCGACCGUCGGACGGCCACGUCGAUCAGCGGAUCCCUCUUCUCUCGAUGGUGCCGAUGCCGCCGAUCCCGUUCAAACCGCAAAACGGCGCGUGGGGAAAAGUUCGGCCAGCACAGGUGGGCGCCCGCGCGAAUUUCAACUUUCAAGCGAAUUCUGUUGCAGGUCGAUCUAUUCUCGCGCUUCGCGUUUCCCAUCUUUUUCGUAAUAUUCCAUAUCAUCUACUGGACAUAUUACAUCAAUCAAUAA